GUUCAGACUCUGUUUGGAUUUGAAGCUUUUGUGUCUCACUCACUCAUCCUUUGCAGCAGUAGAGCAAGCCAAGAAAAUUUGAGCUGUAAAUGGCUUCAAUUAUUGCAUGCUUGCCACCACCAUUGUUGCUUCAUGGUAGAAAAUCAUUUCCACACAACUUCCAAAAUUUCAAUGUUUCUCUUCUUGCAGGUAACCCUUUACUAGGGAGACGGAAUAGCAUCACAUUUGUUGUGAAGGCUUCUGGAGAAAGUUCUGAAUCUUCAACUUCCCUUACUGUUUUCAAGUCAGUUCAGAAUGUUUGGGAUAAACCCGAGGACCGAUUGGGACUAAUUGGUUUGGGCUUUGCAGCUGUAGUAGCACUUUGGGCAUCGACAAAUUUGAUAGCGGCCAUUGACAAAUUGCCAGUUAUCCCAAUUUCGUUGGAACUUAUUGGAAUACUUUUCUCAGUGUGGUUCACUUAUCGCUAUCUGUUAUUCAAGCCUGACAGGGAAGAACUUUUCCAAAUCUUGAACAAGUCAGCAUCAGAUAUCUUGGGCCAAUAAGAUGUGCUGCAAAAAUGUUACUCUAGAUUGUGAUUUUAAGCCACUAGGAUUGGUCUAAUGGUUAAGAGUUUGAGUAAUGAGGUCUUAGGAUCAAAUCUUAUUGCCUCCAUUGUAGACAACAAAAAGUGCAGAUAAAUGGCAUAAAGUUCACUCUUAUAUCAUUCAAGUGCAAGUACAUAAAUGAAUUGAAAUUGAUGUCUAUUGUGUUAGUUGUGUACAAAAUUUGGAAAUGCUUUUUACACAAAAAGCUAUUUAAUCAUUUGGUUGAGUUUCAAAAAUGGUUUAAUGACCAUACAUUAUAGGUGUAAAAUAUUUUACAAUCAAUAUAAACCGUUUAUUGGAUGGCUA